CUCCUGUUUUUCCUUCCUUUCACCCACUUUUUUCCUUCUAAAUAACAGAUUCCAUCCUAUCUACCCUUCACCCUAACUCCAUUAUUAUCAUGGACCUCAAAACCUCCAACCAUCAUCCCCAUCCCCAUCCCCAACCUCAGGGAGUUGAAGCAAGAAAAGAGGACCCAUUUGAUGAUAGAUUUCCUGAUAACAACCUUUGUAACCUUACUAGUCUCAAGGAGACCUCCAAUUUGGUUAAGUUAUUCCCGAUGGCGAGGAAAGAUGGAGCCGUGACUAAGAGUAAUGUGGUGGAAGCGCCACCUACGCCGGGUCGACCCGUUUUUAGCUUUAGUGUUGGGUCAAGAAAGAACUUUCCUUCAAAAUGGGAUGAUGCUGAGAAAUGGCUCAUUAGUGGACCUGAUUCCCCUGCCCAUCAUCAUCUUCAUGGAUUUGUCAAAUCCCCAGAUUUUGUGUCCAAACAGUCUAGUAAUAAUGCUGGCAGUAAUGGGCUUAUCAUGAAACAGGGAAAUCAUCAUAAAACAGAAGUUUCUUCAGAGGAAAAGGUCUCCAAAGCAAUUUAUGGUUUUCAAGUUCCAACUACUGUUUCUAUGGAACAGGACCACCAUCACCAUAACUCAGCCAGACCUUUCAAUGGGGUCUCAGCCUCAGAUUCCUCUGACGUACUUCUAAAAGACAAAUUCACAAAUGGAUCGGAAGCCAAUGUUUCAAGAUUCAAAUGCUUGGUGCCAAUCAACCAAGGGUUUCUAUUCAGUCAUUUACAGGAGAAUUCCAUGAAAGAUGCCUCCACAGAAGUUGUUCAUGAAGUUAAACACAGAGAAACUGGAACCAAUAUGACACCAGAUGGAAGCUCCACCACCUCACGGUGCCCCACACCGUUCAAUUGCUUGUCUCCGCCACGACAUAAUACCCCUGCAAAUAUGUCAGGCCCGUUGACAUUAUUAAAUCCCAGCAGCUCCUUUGAUAUUGCAGACUUACAAGAGUGUCAUUUAGCUAAGUUACAACUAGAGACACCAUUUGAUUCAGUUACUUGCAAUUGGAGCUCAAGGGAGGAGGAAGAAGAAGAUAUAUCCAAGAGUUUGAGACACUUUGAGAUGAGCAAUGAAUGCCCAAAAAGCAUUCCAGAGCCUAGAGCUUGUGCUUGGGAUGAAGAAGGAAAGACUAAAUCCCACCUAAGGUACCAGAGAGAAGAAGCCAAAAUCCAAGCUUGGGUGAACCUCCAAAAUGCUAAAGCAGAAGCUCAAUCAAGAAAACUUGAGGUAAAGAUUCAGAAAAUGAGAUCGAAAUUUGAGGAGAAGAUGAUGAGGAGGAUGGCAAGUGUUCAUAGAAAAGCGGAAGAACUGAGAGCGGCAGCACAACGCGAGCACAAUGUUGAAAUUCAAAAGAUAAAUAUGGGAACAGAGAAGAUGAUGAACGUCCAUGAAAGCAUGCAUUUUUCGGGGUAUGGUCGUUCAUGUGGUUGCUUCCCAUGUAGCAAUCUUCAUCCUUAAUGAUGGUUUAAAAGUAGCAUUUUAUUUGUAGCUUGAGAUGGACAUGAAUAGUGAAUCCCAUGGGAUUCAAUUCAAAGAAGAGAAUAACAAGUGGUGAAAGUUACUGAAGGGAAAUUAGCAUUCAAAGUUUUACUAGCAUUUGUACAAGAAUAUAUAACAAGAUAAAAACAAAAGAAAAGAAAUGGUUAAGAUGUGUAAAAAAGGUAGCAUGUGUGGUCAGUUCAUGGCAGAGAAAUAUACACAAGAUUG